UUAGUUUUUAUACACUUUUUUUUUUUUCAUUUGGGGUAGAGUCAUUUCGUGCGCUUUCGCAGAGACGACGACGACGCACACAGCUUCUUCACUUCUCAGUUCUUUACGUUUUUUUCCACCUGAAAUUACACUUCUGCUUCGUCUUCCAGAGGUGGAUCUCUAACUUGGGUGAUGGUGUAAUUUAAAUUAAGAUGACAUCUUCGCAUAAUAUUGAGUUGGAGGCAGCUAAGUUUCUGCAUAAACUUAUUCAAGAUUCUAAAGAUGAGCCUGCAAAGCUAGCAACUAAACUUUAUGUGAUAUUGCAGCACAUGAAAACCAGCGGAAAGGAACACUCAAUGCCCUAUCAAGUCAUAUCUAGGGCCAUGGACACUGUAGUCAAUCAACACGGUCUUGACAUUGAAGCUUUGAAGUCAUCGUGUCUUCCUCAUGCUGGUGGUACCCAAACGGAAGAUUCUGGGUCUGCUCAUUUGGCUGGGUCUUCCCAAGUGGUUGGAGUUAGCAAUGAGGGCAAAGCAAGUCUAGUUGAAAAUGAGAUGUCAAAAUAUGAUGCAUUCACUUCUAGUAGGCAGCUUGGUGGAUCAAACAGUGCAUCACAAACCUUUUACCAAGGGUCUGGAACUCAAAGUAACAGAUCAUUCGAUCGUGAGAGUCCAUCCAACUUGGAUUCUACGUCGGGGAUCUCCCAAUCUCAAAGAGAGGGCAAGUCAAGUGGAAAGAGAAAGAGAGGUGAAUCGUCACUUUCAUGGGACCAGAAUAUGGAUAACUCUCAAAUAUUUGAUAGCCACAAGAUCGAUGAUCAGACUGGAGAAGUAAGCAAAAUAGAAAUGCCUGGUAAUUCAGGUGACAUUAGGAAUAUUCAUGUUGGGUUGUCAUCAGAUGCUUACACGACUCCACAGUGUGGCUGGCAAAAUAGCGAAGUCACAGCAAUCAGGCCUCCAGUACAUAAAGAAGCUGGAAAUAAUGUUGCAGCAGAGGGAUCACUGCCCUCAGGUUCACCUUUUAGAGAGCAACAAUUGAAGCAGCUCAGAGCCCAGUGCCUUGUGUUUCUAGCUCUCAGAAAUGGUUUGGUGCCAAAGAAACUGCAUGUAGAGAUCGCCCUUCGAAAUACUUUCCGCGAAGAUGACGGUUUCCGCGGAGAAAUGUUUGAUUCCAAAGGGAGAACACAUACGUCCAGUGAUUUGGGUGGCAUUCCUGACGUCUCUGCACUGUUGUCAAGACCAGACAAUCCCACUGGAAGAUUGGAUGAAAUGGACUUCUCAUCCAAAGAAACCGACAGAUCAAGAUUAGGGGAAAGAAGUUUUGCAAAUACUGUAUUUUCUGACGGGCAAAAGCUGCUAGCAUCUAAAAUUCCAGGCUCUCAAGCACAAAACCAAGUUGCUGUCAGUCAUUCCCAACUGGCCUUUUCUCCUGGUUUGACCAAACACACACCAUCGGAGAUGGUGGGGUGGGCUGGAGUAAUCAAAACUAAUGACCUCUCAACUUCAGCUGUUCAACUCGAUGAGUUUCACGCUUCUGAUGAAGAGAAAGGUAAUUUGCAACCAUCACCUAAGUACACCAUGUCGCAGAAAUGGAUUAUGGGUCGACAGAAUAAGAGACUAUUGGUUGAUCGGAGUUGGUCUCUUAAACAGCAGAAAGCCGACCAGGCAAUUGGGGCACGGUUCAGUGAGUUGAAGGAAUCUGUGAGUUUGUCUGAGGAUAUAUCUGCAAAGACCAAGAGUGUAAUAGAACUGAAAAAGCUUCAGCUGUUAAAUCUGCAACGGCGUUUGAGGAGUGAGUUCGUGUACAACUUCUUCAAACCUAUUGCAACUGAUGUUGAGCAUCUAAAGUCAUAUAAGAAACAUAAGCAUGGCCGGAGAAUUAAGCAGCUUGAAAAGUAUGAGCAGAAGAUGAAGGAAGAGAGACAAAGAAGAAUUCGUGAGAGACAAAAGGAGUUCUUUGGGGGGUUAGAAGUUCACAAGGAUAAACUAGAGGAUUUGUUUAAAGUUAAGAGAGAAAGAUUGAAGAGUUUCAAUAGGUAUGUAAAGGAGUUCCACAAAAGAAAGGAACGGCUUCACCGCGAGAAGAUUGACAAAAUUCAACGUGAGAAGAUCAAUUUGCUAAAGAUAAAUGAUGUGGAGGGUUAUCUCCGGAUGGUGCAGGACGCCAAGUCAGAUCGAGUAAAGCAACUACUCAAAGAGACUGAAAAGUACCUUCAGAAACUUGGAUCCAAGUUAAAGGAGGCUAAAUCUUUGACCAGUCGAUUUGAGAAUGAGGGAGAUGAAACACGUAUGUCAAAUGCGACCGAAGAUGAAACUUUGGUUGAAAAUGAAGAUGAGAGUGACCAAGCAAAGCACUACCUGGAAAGCAACGAAAAAUACUACUUGAUGGCUCACAGUAUAAAAGAAAAUAUUAAUGAGCAGCCAUCGUGCCUAGUGGGUGGAAAGUUAAGAGAGUACCAAAUGAAUGGCUUAAGGUGGCUACUUUCACUGUACAACAAUCACUUAAAUGGCAUUUUAGCUGAUGAGAUGGGUCUCGGGAAAACUGUUCAGGUUAUUUCUUUGAUUUGCUAUCUGAUGGAGACGAAAAAUGACAGAGGUCCCUUUUUGGUUGUUGUACCAUCUUCGGUUCUGCCUGGUUGGCAGUCAGAGAUUAACUUUUGGGCCCCAUCAAUUCAUAAAAUUGUUUACUGUGGGCCUCCUGAGGAAAGGCGCAAACUAUUUAAGGAGCAAAUUGUUCAUCAGAAGUUCAAUGUCCUUCUGACGACAUACGAGUAUCUUAUGAACAAGCAUGAUAGACCGAAAUUAAGCAAGAUUCACUGGCAUUAUAUUAUUAUUGAUGAAGGACAUCGCAUAAAGAAUGCAUCCUGCAAGCUGAAUGCAGACCUGAAACAUUAUGUUAGCUCCCACCGACUCCUGUUAACCGGAACCCCAUUGCAGAACAACCUAGAAGAAUUGUGGGCUCUGCUUAAUUUCCUGCUGCCUAAUAUUUUCAACUCGUCAGAAGACUUUUCACAGUGGUUCAACAAACCAUUUCAAAGUAAUGGAGAAAAUUCUGCUGAGGAGGCGUUGCUAUCAGAAGAAGAGAAUCUACUGAUCAUCAAUCGACUUCAUCAAGUUCUUCGACCAUUUGUGCUGCGUCGGCUGAAACAUAAGGUUGAGAAUGAGCUUCCUGAAAAGAUAGAGAGAUUGAUACGCUGUGAGGCUUCUGCUUAUCAGAAGUUGUUGAUGAAGAGGGUUGAGGAUAAUUUGGGCUCGAUUGGAAAUGCGAAGUCUCGUGCAGUGCACAACUCAGUAAUGGAGCUUCGGAAUAUUUGCAAUCAUCCAUAUCUAAGCCAACUGCAUUCAGAGGAGGUCAAUAACAUAAUUCCUAAGCAUUUUCUGCCCCCAAUUGUAAGACUGUGUGGGAAGCUUGAGAUGUUGGAUCGGCUUUUGCCUAAACUCAAAGCGACAGACCAUCGGGUUCUUUUCUUUUCCACAAUGACGAGGCUUCUUGAUGUUAUGGAGGAUUACCUCACCUUGAAGGGGUACAAAUACCUUAGGUUGGAUGGGCAAACAUCUGGGGGUGAUCGUGGUGCUCUUAUCGAUGGUUUCAACAAGUCGGGUUCCCCAUUUUUCAUAUUUCUGUUAAGCAUACGGGCUGGUGGAGUAGGAGUAAAUCUUCAAGCUGCUGAUACUGUGAUAUUAUUUGACACCGACUGGAAUCCUCAGGUGGAUCUGCAAGCUCAAGCAAGGGCGCACAGGAUUGGCCAGAAAAAAGAUGUACUUGUUCUUCGUUUUGAAACGGUCAAUUCGGUUGAGGAGCAAGUCAGAGCUUCAGCUGAGCACAAACUUGGAGUUGCUAACCAGAGUAUAACCGCUGGCUUCUUUGACAAUAACACAAGUGCUGAAGAUCGUAAGGAAUAUCUGGAAUCCCUUUUGCGUGAAUCAAAGAAAGAGGAGGAUGCCCCAGUAUUGGAUGAUGAUGCCUUAAAUGAUCUUAUAGCUCGAAGGGAGUCAGAGAUUGAUAUCUUUGAGUCCAUCGACAAGCAAAGGAAAGAAAAUGAGAUGGAAACAUGGAAUACCUUGGUACAUGAGCCAGGGUCUGAUAGUUUUGACCAUAUAACACCUAUACCCUCUCGGCUUGUUACUGAAGAUGAUUUAAAACUAUUAUAUGAAACAAUGAAACUCAAUGAUGUCCCGAUGGUUGCAAAAGAAUCAACUGUUGGCAUGAAACGGAAGGAUGGAUCAAUGGGAGGCCUGGAUACUCACCAAUAUGGAAGAGGGAAACGAGCAAGAGAGGUUCGAUCUUAUGAAGAGAAAUUGACAGAGGAGGAGUUUGAGAAGUUGUGUCAGACUGAGCCACCUGAUUCUCCCCAAGGCAAGGGCGAAGGAAGUGAAAAAAGCUUGGCGGAUGAUACAUCUGUUAUUCCAUUUGAAACCUCUAUUAACACACUACUCCCUACAUCUCCGACACAUGCAAUAACUUUACAACCAAUGGAACCUCUAAGGGCACAGCCGCAGCCCCUGAAAGAAGAAACACAACCUAUCAAACGGGGCCGUGGUAGGCCGAAGAGAACGGAUAAAACCUUGACUCCGGUAUCGUUAUCAGCUGUAAGCAGGACACAGGCAUCAGGGAAUGCAAUAUCAUUGGCAGUAACUGGUCCUGAUUUUGGUAGUCCGGAUAAACAGCUAGAAGCAGCUUCUAAUUCUAGUUCUUCUCUGGCCCUGACAUCGCCUGAUUUAUCUGCUCCUCCUGGAUUUCAAUCAUUGCCAGCAUCUCCUGCUCCUAUGCCAGUAAGAGGUCGAGGUAGGGGAAGAAGCAGGGGGCGUGGAGCAGGAAGGGGGAGAAGAGGUGAAGGUGUAUUGCAUGGUUCCAACAGUUCUAGUACCCAGAGAACUGAAACCGCUGCAUCUCUUGCAAGGGAUCCAGAAGCCACAAACUCUACUCUUCCUCCUGCAUCUGAGAUUGUUUCUAGAGUCCCUAAACCUAGUGACGGAAGUACUUCGUAUUCUGAUCCAGUACCUCCUGUGCGUUCUGUAACUACUGCAGUCCAAUCAGACAAAGCAGCAGAUAGUAACCUAGAUGCACCACCUGGGUUUGAUUCAGGAUCCCAUGCUCAGACGCUAAAUGUACUUGAGAAUUCAUUGGAAAGAAAAGCAGCUGCUGUAAAGAAGAGGCCUUUGAUGCAAGGUGUUAGCUCCCAGCAUCCAGGACUUAAUAAAAAGCCACAUGAUUUGCCAGUCUCCACUAGCUCUACUUUGUCGGGUGCUGGCCCAAUACAAAAUCAGAGUGCUGUCUCUUCUGUUUGUGAUGGAUCCAAAAGUCCUUCUGUAGCCUCUGUUGAGGCUGUAAAAAAUAAACAUCCAGAGGGUCGAACAUAUACAGCUUUGCCAGGUGUGACAGCUGCACCUUCUGAUGCUACUCUGCCAGUGAGUUCGCAACCUGGUGGUUCUACAGUUGAAGCUCAAGAAGCCAGUGUUCCUUCUCUUCCUACAGCCGUUCCUGCUAAGAGGCGAGGCCGCAAUUUGCCAAGUAGAGGAGAAACUCCCAGACGCCAAGGAAAGAGGCGUGGCCAAGCUUUACCUGCUAGUGAUGGCUCUUCUGGUAGGAGUACAGGAUUAACACCACAAAUAGAGGUCAAGGUUGGUAAUUCAUCAGGCACCAAAGCUAUAUCGGCUGGAAAUAAGUGUGAUGCUGUUGCCAAAGAACAACCCCACUUAAGCCAGUCAGUUGCAUCCGAUAUUCACUCUUCUUUUAGCUUGGGUCAGGAAAGUAGAAGAGACACCUCUGGUACUGGUGGUUCUACUAGGAAACAAACUGCUGAUGUAACUGAUGUUGCUCGUGUCAUGAAAGAGAUCUUUUCAGAGACUUCCCUAUUAAAACAUAAAGUUGGAGAGCCUUCUGCAACAACGAAAACAAAUGCGCCUGACGCACAAUCCCUAGGUGAGAUGAAUUUGCACAGAGUUGAGACCCACGAGGCAGAGAAUGAAAUCCAAUCUGCGAAGCGAAUGGAAGAAGAUUCUUGUGGUGUUAAGACUCAAGAAGCUCCAUAUAACUUGAGCAAGGAAGAAAUUUUUUUUUCAGAUGUUUCUCAUCCUGUUCCUGGUAAUCUGACAACUUCAGGUUCAGUUGCAAACAAGGAUGGUGACAUUGGAUCGACUAAGGCUAUUUCCGAGAAUGACCUUGUCAAGAUUCCGGGUGGUGAAGUAGAUUCUUCUGUGAUAUCACUCACUUUGGGAAAUGCUUUUGCUGCUAAGUCGUCUUUGGAAAAGUGCUCCACAGAUCAGCUUGUGGAAGAAAAAUUGUCUCAAGAUACUGUUCAUGAUGAAACAUACCGCGUGGGUGUAGACCUGUCCGAAGAAACAGCAUCUUCAGUGAGUUAUGUUCGAUCUGAGCCUAUUGCAUCUGCGUCGACAACUGCGGAACCUCUACCAACUGCAAAGUUGGAAACAAAUAUUUCUUUUCAAGUGGAAGGUGACAGAAGAGAAGACGAGGAUGGUGAAAGAAGAGAAGCUAUCCUCCUAAGUCCGGAAGAAAAGACGAAUGUUAACUCCAAGAUUGAGACACAUUCUGAGGACCUUCAAGACAGUAGAACAGAUGAAGUUCCUCAUGUUGAUGGAGAAUCUGUUGAAAUUGCAAAUCAGACGGUGAAAGAAGAUGAGGCAGCAAAUUCUGUUGAAGUUCAAUCGUCUAUGCUGGAGACUGAUGAAUUGCCUAAUGUCGGACAAAAGGGUCACAGUAACAUUGACAUGCAGACAUUGGUUUUAGCUACACGCAAAGAGAACUCUAUGUCCCUUGACGAUACAGAUAAUGAUCUUAUAUCUAAAUCUGCUGAUACAGAACAAUAUCCUGAAGAAUCUGUUUCGGUCCAACGUGUUGAUAGGCCUAAAGUUGGUACUGCUGACACACAGAUGGAGGAUACCGAUGAUGCCAAAAUUCUAGUGGGCUGUUCAGUUGAGAAUGAGGAGAAAGAGAAAACUCUUCAAUCCCAUAUGCCCAGUGGUGAUGCUGUUAGCCAUACCCCUUCUGAGAAGAUAAAAGAUAGUGAAGGAGAUGAUUUACAUGGCAAGUCUCUAGUUCCCUGUCCAGCAAUGGAAGCGAUGGAACAUAAGGGGCUUGAAUCAGAGACACAUGCUCAUACAGAAUCAAGUGGUAUUGAUAGGGAAAAUGAAAUAUCAGAAUGUAUGUCUGAUGGCGAAAAAAUGAAUAUUUCAUCUGAGCAGGUCCCAGAUGCAUCACAUGAUUUAAAAGUACCACAGGAUCCAUCAGAUAUCCCCCUAGUUGGUGAGACAGACCCUGAACACAUGCAAGAUAAUGCGGAUGUACCUGCAUCACCUCACAGAGCAGCGCCAAACAUUGUGGUUUCCCAGUCUGAAGGAAAACAGUCUCCAAGUAUCUUACCGGACGAUGUGGCAAGACAACUAGAAAGUAUGUCUAGUGACGAAAAAAUGAAUAUUUCAUCUGAGCAGGUCCCAGAUGCAUCACAUGAUUUAAAAGUACCACAGGAUCCAACAGAUAUUCCCCUAGUUGGUGAGACAGACCCCGAACACUUGCAAAAAAAUGCGGAUGUACCUGCAUCACCGCACAGAGCAGCACUAAACAUUGUGGUUUCCCAGUCUGAAGGAAAACAGUCUCCAAGUAUCUUACCGGACGACGUGGCAGGACAACUAGAAAGUAUGUCUAAUGAUGAAAAAAUGAAUAUUUCAUCUGAGAAAGUCCCAGAUGUGUCACAUGGUUUAAAAGUGUCCCAGGAUCAAACAGACGUUCCCCUAGUUUGUGAGAAAGUCCCCGAAAAUUUGCAAGUGAACGAGGAUGUGUCCCAGUCUGAGGAAAUUCAGUCUCCAAGUAUCUUGCCUGACGAGAUACCAGGACAACCAGACGCUGGCAACUGUGAGCAAGUGGAUACCAUGCAGAACAGUACCUAUAUUGAUGUUGGCAUAAUUUCAGGUAAGACGUGUGAGCCUUCGUCUUCUAUCCAGUCUGAGGAUGAGAACAGAAAUAGCUUAUCACAGUGUCAACCGGCAGAAGUAGUUGAACAAAGGGAUUUAAGGGAUCAAAUAUGCACAGGGUCUGUGGAAUCUCAGGUAGAGAUAACUGCUGCUAUGCUUGAAAAUAAAUCAGCUAGUAUCCAGCCCCUGCAAUCCAUGUUGGUUGAUCAAAUGGAUACAGAAGAAUCCAAAGAUCCUUGUGUCGCUAAUAUUUGCAACGCUAAUUUAAGUGUUGAUGCGUCUUUACAGCAAUUAGCUGAUAUCCACGCCGAGCCAUCCAUUUUGCUUGAUCAAAUGGAUACUGAUGAAUCCAAAGAUCCUUGUGCCAGUAAUAUUUGCAACACUGAUAUUAGUGCUGAUGUGUCUUUACAUCAGUCAGCUGAUAUCCAGCCCGGGCCAUCUACUUUGGUUGAUCAAAUGGAUACUGAAGAAUUCAACGAUCCUGAUGCCAAUCAUAUUUGCAACACUGAAAGACGUGCUGAUGUUUCUUUAGACCAGUUAGCUGAUAUCGAGCGAUCAUCAUCUGAUACAGUUUUGCAAAAGGACAUUGAGGAUCAAGAUCAAGUUGAAGCUGCUGGAUGUGAGUUAGUUGCUGUCUCGACCUUAACAGAACCUCAAAUUCCAUUACCGCCAUCCACAGAGGCAGUGGUUGCUGAAAGUACAGAAUCCCCUUCUUUCCUUCCAAUGACAGCGGAAGAAAAUGCCGAGAGGCAAGUAGCUGAUAUCGAGCACUCAUCGCCUCCUACAGUUCUGGAAAAGAACAUUGAGACACAAGAUCAAGAUCAAGUUGAAACUGCUGUAUCUGAAUUAGGUGAUGUCUCUACUGAAUGUUCGGCAGAACCUCAAGUUCAAUUACCGCCAUCUGCAGAGCCAGUGAUUGCCGAGUGUACAGAACAUUCUUCGUCCCUCCCAAUGAUGGAGGAAGAGAAUGCUGAUAGCCAAUUAGCUGAUAUCAAGCCCUCGUUGUCUCCUACAACUGUGGAAAAGAACAGUGAGGAUCACGUUCAAGUUGAAACUGCUGGUUGUGAGUUAGUUGAUGUCUCUACGGGAUGCUUAACAGAACCUCAAAUUCCAUUACCGCCAUCCACAGAGGCAGUGGUUGCUGAAAGUACAGAAUCCCCUUCUUUCCUUCCAAUGACAGCGGAAGAAAAUGCCGAGAGGCAAGUAGCUGAUAUCGAGCACUCAUCGCCUCCUACAGUUCUGGAAAAGAACAUUGAGACACAAGAUCAAGAUCAAGUUGAAACUGCUGUAUCUGAAUUAGGUGAUGUCUCUACUGAAUGUUCGGCAGAACCUCAAGUUCAAUUACCGCCAUCUGCAGAGCCAGUGAUUGCCGAGUGUACAGAACAUUCUUCGUCCCUCCCAAUGAUGGAGGAAGAGAAUGCUGAUAGCCAAUUAGCUGAUAUCAAGCCCUCGUUGUCUCCUACAACUGUGGAAAAGAACAGUGAGGAUCACGUUCAAGUUGAAACUGCUGGUUGUGAGUUAGUUGAUGUCUCUACGGGAUGUUUAUCAGAACCUCAAGUUCCUUUACCGUCAGUCGCAGAGCCAAAGGGAGAUAUGCACACUCACUUAGACGAAACAAAGAAAUCUGAAAUCGUGGUUGCCGAAGGUACAGGAUUCCCUUCAUCUCUCCCAAUGACGGAGGAAGAAAAUGCCGAGAGCCAAUUAGUUGAUAUCAUGCCCUCAUCGUCUCCUAUGGUUGUGGAAGAGGAUCAAGUUGAAACUGAUGGAUGUGGGUUAGUUGAUGUCUCUACUGGUUCUUCGGCACAACCUCAAGUUCAAUUACCGCCAUUCACUGAGCUAGUGGAAGGUACACGCGAUCAUUUAGAGGCAACAACGGAAUCUGAAACUGUGGUUACUGAGAGCCAAUUAGCUGAUAUAGAGCCAUCAUCCUCUCUUACAGUUGUGCAUAAGAACAUUGAGGAUCAAGAUCAAGUUGAAACUGCUGGAUGUGAGUUAGUUGAAGGUUCAGAACCUCAAGUUCAAUUAGAGCCAUCCGCAGAGCCAGAGGAAGGCAUGCACGUUCAGUUAGAGGCAGCGAAUACACCUGAAACCUCAGAGCUACUGGAAGGUACACGCGAUCAUUUAGAGGCAACAACGGAAUCUGAAACUGUGGUUACUGAGAGCCAAUUAGCUGAUAUAGAGCCAUCAUCGUCUCUUACAGUUGUGCAUAAGAACAUCGAGGUUCAAGAUCAAGUUGAAACUGCUGGAUGUGAGUUAGUUGAAGGUUCAGAACCUCAAGUUCAAUUAGAGUCAUCCGCAGAGCCAGAGGAAGGCAUGCACGUUCACUUAGAGGCAGCAAAUACACCUGAAACCUUGGUUGCUGAAGGUUCAGAAUUCGCUUCAUCUCUCUCAAUGACGGGUAAAGAACAUUCAGAGAACCAAUUACCUGAUAGCGAUCCCUCAUUGUCUCUUACAGUUGUGCAAACAAACAUUGAGGAUCAAGAUCAAGUUGAAACUGCUGAAUGUGAAUUUGUUGAUGUCUCUACGAGCUGCUCGUCAGAACCUCAAGUUCAAUUACUCCCAUCCCCAGAUGCAGUAGGAGGUAUGCACGUUCACAAAGAAACCGUGGUUGCUGAAGAUACAGAGACACCUUCAUCCCUCCCGAAGAUAGAGGAAGAAAAUGCUGAGAACCCAUCGGACAGGCUUGACGGUGAAUCCGACGGUGCAAAUGUUGCUAUUGUUGAAGGAAGUUGUGUCGAGCCAAGUUUACUGGUCACCGAAGAGAGCAAAGCAGAGGAACCAAAAGACAAUGAUAAUGUUUAGUUCAUUUCUUCUACAUUAAGUUGUAAAACUUUGAUUAUCAGGAACACUUAGUAACACUUUAUUCUAUUGUAUCGUUUUGAAGAAUGAAAGCCGUAAAUUAAGAAGCUUGUAUCGCCUAAAAAAAAAUAGUUUCCUAUG